GGAAAAGACGAGUGGUAGAAGGAAAGUAAAGCAGAGCUUCAUUUUUUAGUCGAAUCCGACCAAAAAAGUCCCUCUAGUCUUCGUCGCCGCUCCAUUUUCAGGAGCCCCUAAUCAAAUCUUAUACUUUCCCAUGGAAUGUGCACGGACGCGGGCCUUUAACAUCAAGACAAGAUACAAAGGAUUCAUCUUUCAGCUCCAUUUUCUGUCUCCCCUCUCUUCAAUUUUAUGGGGACCACUCUGCUUCUUAGGUCCCCUGUUAAGCUUUCUCCGUCUCCAUCUGUUAAUGUUAUUUCAGUCUCCAGGUUCUUCUGUAGGAGUGCAAGUUCCAAGGUGCAAGGCAUGUAACAACAUCCUAGGAAAUUGUCCUACUCUGAGUCAAUUCGCUUACAUAUUGGGUGUGAAAGAAUACAUCACUUGCUCCACUCUGCUUGACUUUUCAACUUUGGAUUUUGGGUUUCAAUUUCUUGGCAAGUUCAGGAACAUUGACUAUUACAAUCGGCUAUUGUCUUAAUUGAUGAAAGAAAAUGAUGCAGCAUGCAGCCCCACAACUGAAUUUUCUACACCAAAAUUUUCAAAGUAAAAGAGAAGAAGAAGCAAAGCGAGUAGGAUUGUAGGGCAUAACGGAAACCUUGAUUUAUAGUUUUUGUAAUUGUAGAAACACAGUCAAAGCUAAAGAUUGAAGCAUAAAGAUUGACUCCAGGA